AUGGCUGACCUCCAUGUUGAACAAGUGCUCCAAAAGCUCACCUUGUCCGAAAAGUGCGACCUGCUGGCAGGAAUCGACUUCUGGCAUACAAAGGCACUCCCCAAACAUGGCAUCCCAUCCCUUCGCAUGUCGGAUGGCCCAAACGGUGUAAGAGGCACCAGGUUCUUCAAUGGCGUCCCGUCGGCAUGCUUCCCCUGCGGCACGGCGCUAGGAUCUACCUUUAAUCAGGCGCUCCUGGAAGAAGCCGGAAGGAAAAUGGGCCAAGAAGCCCUGGCCAAGAGCGCCCACGUCAUCCUCGGCCCAACCGUCAACAUGCAGAGGUCUCCGCUCGGUGGUCGCGGCUUCGAGUCGCUCGGGGAAGAUCCGUUCCUGGCCGGCCUUGGCGCGGCAGCCUUGGUCAGGGGCAUCCAGAGCACCGGUGUGCAGGCGGCCAUCAAGCACUUCCUGUGCAACGACCAGGAGGACAAGCGCAUGGGUGUCCAGAGCAUCGUCACUGAGCGGGCGUUGCGCGAGAUUUACGCGCUCCCCUUCCAGCUGGCCGUUCGAGACGCCCGUCCUGGAGCCUUCAUGACCGCCUACAACGGCGUCAACGGCACCAUGUGCAGCGAAAACAAGAAGUACCUCGACGGCAUGCUGCGGAAGGAGUGGGGCUGGGAUGGCCUCGUCGUGAGCGACUGGUACGGCACCUACAGCACCACCGCGGCCGUUGUCGCCGGUCUCGACGUGGAGAUGCCCGGCCCUCCGCGGUUUCGCGGAGAAGCCCUCAAGUUUAAUGCCUCGACCGACAAGCCGUUCCCUCACGUCAUCGACGAGAGAGUUCGAGCCGUCUUGAAACUUGUCAAAAAGGUCUCUGGUCUGGGUAUCCAGGAGUUUGGCCCUGAAGAGGAGGCCAACACGCCGGAAACGGCUGCCCUGCUCCGCAGGAUCGGCAACGAAAGCAUAGUGCUUCUCAAGAAUGAGCGCAACGUCCUGCCGUUGAAAAGGGAGGGCAAGACGCUGGUCGUCGGCCCCAAUGCCAAGGUGGCAACGUACCACGGCGGCGGUUCCGCCGCUCUGCCUGCCUACUAUGCCGUGACCCCCUACGACGGCAUCAGCGGGAAGCUUGGGCUUUCUCCCGAGUACACCGUGGGCGCCUACACCCACCGAUUCCUCCCUCUCCUCGGCCCUCAGUGCACCGACCCGGAGGGGGGCAGGCAAGGCAUGCGCUGGACCGUGUACAACCAGCCUCCCGGCACGCCUGACCGGACACCCGUAGAUGUGCUCUUCCUCAGCAAGACGGAGAUGCACCUGGUGGACUACCACAACCCCGACCUGGCCGAUGUCUGGUAUGCCGACAUGGAAGGCUCCCUCGUCGCCGAGGAGGACUGCGUGUACGAGCUCGGGGUGGUGGUGGCUGGAACGGCCAAGGCCUUUGUCGACGACGAGCUCGUCGUCGACAACGCCACCAAGCAAGUCGCCGGCGACGCCUUUUUCGGAACCGCCACCCGCGAGGAACGCGGCUGCUUCGAGAUGAGCAAGGGAGCAACGUACCGCUUGCGCAUAGAGUUUGCAUCAGCGCCCACCUACUCCCUCAAGGCCGGCGACGCCCAGGUGCCUGGACAUGGAUCCCUCCGCGUCGGCGGCUGCAAGGUGAUUGACGGCGACGAGGAGAUCCGGAAAGCCGUGCGGCUCGCCGAGGAUCACGACCAGGUCGUCAUCUGCGCCGGCCUCAACUCCGACUGGGAGACGGAAGGCGCGGACAGAAGCAGCAUGAAGCUCCCCGGCCUUCUGGAUCAGCUGAUUUCCCGAGUCGCGGCGGCCAACCCAAACACGGCGGUGGUGAUGCAGACGGGCACCCCCGAGGAGAUGCCGUGGCUGGACCAGACCCCGGCCGUGAUCCAGGCGUGGUACGGGGGCAACGAGACGGGCAACUGCAUCGCCGACGUGCUCUUUGGCGACGCCAACCCCUCGGGCAAGCUGUCGCUCAGCUUCCCCAGGCGCCUGCAGGACGUGCCGUCGUUUCUCAACUACCGAGCCGAGGCAGGACGCACGCUCUACGGCGAAGACGUCUACGUCGGCUACCGCUACUACGAGCUCGCCGACCGCCAAGUCAACUUUGCCUUUGGGCACGGCCUGUCCUACACGACCUUUGCGUUUUCCGACCUCUCGGUCGCCGUGGCCGAGGGCAAGCUCACCGUCACUCUCGAGGUGCGGAACACGGGCUCCGUCAGGGGCUCGCAAGUGGCCCAGAUGUACAUUCAGCCGCGGCAGGCCGCCAAGGUGAACCGCCCGGUCAAGGAACUUCGCGGGUUCGCAAAGGUCGAGCUCGAAGCUGGCGAGACCAAGACGGUGACGAUGACGGAGUUGGAAAAGUACGCUGCUGCCUACUGGGACGAGGAGCGCGACCAGUGGUGCGUCGAGGCGGGCGACUACGACGUGAUUGUCAGCGACAGCAGUGCCGUUUGCGACGAGGGGCCGUCGGUCGUGAGGGCAUCGUUUGCCAUUGGCGAGACGUACUGGUGGAGCGGUGUGUGA